UCCCCUCCCCGCCCCCUUUGCCCUGGACGGAACCCUUCGCGCUCCUCCCCAAAGCGGGAGGCGGACCUCUCAUCUUGCUUGGGAACACUCUGCACAUGCCCAGAGGCACUCUGAUAAAGAAAACCCUUGCGCUCUGGGGCGCCCCCAGGGCUGUGGGAGAGGCUGCUGCCCCAGCUGCAGACGGGGCGCGGGUGGCACGAUCUGCUGCCCCUCCGUCUCCUUCCAGAGGGCUUUGGAGCACGCUCGGGGCUGCCUCCUCUCCCCCCCGGCUCCGGUAGCCCCUCCCCGAGAGGACCCCUUCCCUCCCUCCCUCCCUGGCGCCCUCCUGCCCGUUCAUUCCCUCGCCGGCUGCGCGAAGAGGCGCCCGCCCCGCGCGCCCGUCCUCCCGCUCGAGGGGGCGGCCUCUGGUGGCGCGCCGAGCAGGCGGGGGUCCAGCCCGCCGGCAGCCCGAGGGUUAACCGGAGGAGAGCCGGAGCGAGCGAGACAGACGGGCGGACGGGCGGACAAGACAGCCUCGCCAGAAGAGGCUGGCGCGCAGUCCGCGCUGUAGCCUCGCCGAGCCCGGAGAUGGGAAGCGACGGCGGCACGCGGGCUCCCCCAAGCCCGGCGGCGUCCCCCCUCGCCGCCGCUGGGAAGUGAAGAAUAUGAGGCAGAUUUACCGCUGAGUGGAGAAACAGUCGCCUCUAGAUAUGGAGACCAGCACCUGCGUGAUGCUCCCUCUGGUCUCCUGCUUCCACCUGCUGCAGCUCUGGCCUUUCUUACUUCUCGCCACAGCACUUCCAUCCCACAGCGCCUGGUCUCUGCGCACCCGGGGCCUUCUGGCAGCGCGGCCCCUCUGCAGCCACCGCAGCCCUUCCUCCCCUCGGUCCGUUUGCAUCUGGGACAAGAACCCAGCCCCGGAGAAAGGGUCCCGCUCUACCUCACAGCGCCAUCGGUCUGUGGUUCCCAAAGGGGCUGGGCUGCGCAGCUCAGUGCGCCUGAGGCGCCAGGCUCAGGGAACCCGGCCUGCCACUCCGUCUGGCUUCGAGGAUGGCCUGUCUUCCUCCCAGUACCCCUGGGCCAUCGUCUGGGGCCCCACAAUAUCCGUGGAGGAUGGAGGCGACGCCAACUCUGCCAACCCUGGCUUCCCUCCUCUGGGUUACACCUUUGUUUCGUCAAGCGGAAUGGCGACAGCGCAACCCAACUCCCACUCCCUGCUACACAACGAAGGGCUCAACCUGCGCCAAACCCCAGCCACCCUACGGCCCUUCCUUUUCGGGCCACGGGGAGAAGGUGUGGACCCUCAGCUGUAUGUCACCAUUACAAUCUCUGUCAUUAUUGUCCUUGUUGCUAUGGGGAUAAUACUCAAAUUCUGCUGGGACAGGAACCAGAAGCGACGUCACCACUCCAGCCAGCAAAGCGGACUGCAGCAGGAGGGUAGCCACCAGCCCUUAACGGACCUAUCUCCCUCUGCGGUCAGCAUCCUGGGGCCCUUCAGCGACUCGCCGGCCCCUACACCAGACAUGAUGGAAACUGGACAGGUUCUGGAAGGCAUGGAGAAGCUAGAGGGACUAGGGAAGACCAGUGCCUUCCAGCUCAACAGGAUCCCCCUGGUGAACCUGUGAUUGCCCUGGAAGCAGCAGGCCCGGCUCCUUCGUUGCGAGACCAAACACUGAGUUUGCCGGAGAGUCCCAUAGAACUGGCAGCCCUCCCUUUUAGUUCCAUCCGCCUGCGAGUAUGCUACUGCUACUCCUCACGCAGCAGCAGAAGUAUUGUAGAUCCCUUUGUGCCCUGGCAUUCCGUCAGCAUUGCAGACCUAGCCCAAACCAAGGUUUUUGCUCAGGAGGAGCUGGGCUCCGUGGUGGGUCCUCAUGGCAGAGAUGAUGACUGGGGUGGUCUGAUGUGAGCAGAGGGGUGAGCAGGAAGGCCUAGAAGGCAAGAGCUAUUAGCACUUUUAUGGUAACAUUUCAAAGAUAUCCCUUGUACCCCCGGCAUAAACAUUCAUACACAAACAUGUA